UUCUGUAGCUCUGCGGUUACGGCCUUAGCGUCUCUCUUACUGGCAAACGCAGCGAAACGUAUAGUGCCAGGCGUGGGAAUCAAUAUUUUUAGGAGGAGCAAGUCAAUUGCUUUUUGCUUCAUACCAUACAAUUGAUCGGUGUAUAUUUAUUUCUCCAGCUGUAAAAUGUCGGCAAGCUUACACGACGUGGCGUUUUUGCUUGCGGACUCGUUCUUGAACGUACUGCCUCAGCUACUUCGUGCCUACUGGAUAUUGGCAUCGGCCUCAGUAUUCGUGACUAUCCUUCCCAUUCCUGUUCCGCGCGCGUUCAAAGCUGCUGUUAAAGUGGCUGCUGCCCGUGGCAAGCUAUGGUAUGACCGCCCCGACGCACGCGCGCUGGGCAUCCUCAAGGACGUGUCGGUUCCACAGCAAUUUUUCGAGCACUUUUACCUGAUUGGGGCAUUAGCCAACACGGUGCUGCUCCAGGUCUACAUCUUUGUGUGCUGUGAAGACCAGAACGGCAGCACUCUCAAGCGGGACUCCCUGUUGGCUCUGCUGCUCUUUGAGCUGCACGUGCUACGACGGUACUUCGAAUCGAAUUACGUUAUGCACUACCCGGAAAGCGCCCGCAUGCACCUGCUGGCGUACCUGUACGGCCUGUCGUAUUACGUCGCCGUACCGCUGACGCUGCUUCCGACAGCCGUCCUAAACAUGGAUGCCCUCCGCAGCGCUUGGGAUCUGGCUGUUGGUGCGGGUAAGGAGCACUGGCAACUGGUUGACAAGCGGCUGUGGGAGGCCGUGGCGACACCCCACCCGGGCCUGCCCCGCCUGAUUGCGGGCGUGGCGUUAUUCCUGUUCGCCAGCGGCCUGCAGUACUGGAGCCAUGCCGUACUGGGUCGGCUAUCUAGGGAGGGUGGUAAGCGCGUGCAGGAGGCCCAGAUGGCCGACACCUUGUUCCCUCCCCGCGCCGGAAACAGCACCGGCGCCGGCCCAGCCGAUCAGCGCACUGGGACUGCAGGGGGUGCAGGAGCGGCUGGUGUAGAGCAAGUGGAUCAGAACCCGGAUGGCUCUCUGGCGGCGCCCAAGCUGACGGACGUGUACAGCAUCCCGCGGGGCGGGCCUUUUGAACUGGUGAGCUGUCCCCACUACCUAGGGGAGAUCCUGAUCUACGUGGCCCUGGCGCUGGUGACCCGCGGGUCGGUGGGCACACUGCUGAUUGCCGCCUGGGUGUUGCUAAACCUCGUUCUCGCGGCGGACGCCACACAGCGCUGGUACCACCACCAUUUCCCCGACUACCCAAGGCGCCGUGCCGCUCUCAUACCACUGCUGUUUUGA